UUAUAUGCUACCAGAACUGAGGAACAGUCAAGAACUUGAAACUAUAUAUACAUCUCCCCACAUGUUAACUCUCCUUAAUCUACCAGCCUUGAAGCUUCUACAAUUCUACUGUUGCUCAUCACAUUCAUGGUGAUGGGGUUUUCAUUGCAUCUGUUGCUUCUAUUUGUUCACUUGGCUACAUGUUCUUCGGGGCAAACAUUCCCCUAUAUGACUUCAAAUGUCGAAGAAGUAUCCGGUAGGUCCUUCGACUACAUUGUGGUCGGCGGAGGCGCUGCCGGCUGCCCCCUAGCUGCAACUUUGUCUGAGAAAUUCUCAGUGCUGUUGGUGGAACGAGGUGGCUCGCCUUACGGAGACCCCUACAUCUUAGAGUUGAAGUACUACGGAUACCCAUUUCUCGUAAGUGAUGAAUAUACAUCAGCUGCACAAAGGUUUGUCUCCACAGAUGGUGUCCCCAAUUUCAGAGGAAGAGUGCUAGGAGGAUCAGCUGCUAUCAAUGGUGGGUAUUACGGCAGAGCAAGUAAGGAUUUUGUCAAAAAGGUUGGUUGGGAUAAUGAGGAAGUAAGGGAUGCUUAUGAAUGGGUGGAAUCUAGAAUCAUCUCUAAACCUGAUCAUUUGACUCCAUGGUCGCAUGCUACUGCGUUCAGCUUUGUUGAAGCUGGAAUUCUCCCCUAUAAUGGUUUCAGUUUGGAGCAUAUUCAGGGAACAAAAAUUGGUGCUACUUCGUUCGAUAACAAGGGAAGAAGACACUUACCAGCUGAUCUUCUACCGGCAGGAAAUCCAAGCAAGAUCACAGUUCUCUUGAAUGCAACUGUAGACAAAGUUAUCUUUCAAAGAACUCGUAAGCAUGGUACCAGAGAUGAGAAGAUAGCUCGAGGUAUAAGAUUCAUCAAGAGCGAUGGCAGCUCAAACCAGACUUAUGAAGCUUACCUCAACCAGCCAGACAACUCGGGUUCAUGGGGUGAUGUGAUACUAUCAGCAGGAGCUUUAGGCAGCCCUCAGAUUUUGUUGUUAAGUGGCAUUGGCCCUCAACAACACCUAAAAAACUUUGGAAUCCCGCUCGUACUCAACUUGAAGGGAGUAGGAGAAGGAAUGCAAGACAAUGCUGCUAUUGAACUCUUCGUCAACUACAACCCACAAAAUCCAACACCAGAACAUUCCAAAGCUGCUGGUAUAGCAGAUGACUUCAAAAUCAUAACCGAGGCAGGAAUCGUACCUAUUAGCUUGAAUGGAACAACUGUCAGCUAUUUCAUUGGCAAAAUUGCCUUCCCAGAAUCCGUAGGGAAGCUUGAACUCAACAGCACUGACCCAAGAGCAAACCCAUCAGUGACAUUCAACUACCUAUCAACCGAGAAAGACUUGGCAGAAUGUGUGAAGAUGACCCAGCUGCUUGAGCUAGCUUUAAGGUCCAAAUCAAUUGCUUCCUUCGUGGGUUCGAAUGAAUACCGAAACAAGCCGAUGCCUACUGAAGACGAGCUCCAGGAACUCUGCAAGACGACUGUCGGUACCUUCUACCACUACCAUGGUGGUUGCACUGUGGGGUCAGUGGUCGACAAGAAUUAUAGGGUUUAUGGUGUUAAGGGAUUGAGAGUGAUCGAUGGGUCAACCUUCCUGGACUCACCAGGCACAAACCCAAUGGCCACUGUGCUGAUGCUUGGAAGAUACCAAGGGCUCAAAAUUCUUGAAGAAAGAAAAAAUGCUUAAUCCAAGAACCUGAUCAGCUUGUAAUGUAUCAUAUAUUAAUUAAAUAAAACAAGCUGCCCAUGCAUUUUUUUUUU